AUGGUGGAGGACUUAGCUGCCUCCUGUAUUGCUUUGAAGUUCAAGAAUAAAAUUCUGAAGGCCCAAGUGCAGUGGCCAAUGGAACAAAAUGUUGUCCUAUAGGCUCAGAUCCCAGAGCUCCAGGAAGAGCCCCAGAAGCUCCCAGCCUGGGAGCCCCUAGCUUCCCAGGAGCAUCAGAAAACACCAGUGGUACAGGAGACAAAGAAGACUUUGGAACCCUCAGCAGCCCCAGAGUCCCUGGAGCUUCCAGGAACUCAUGAGUCCCAGGUCAAAAAGCUCCAGAAGCAUCCAAUGGCCCAGGAGCCCUACAAAGCCCUAGAAGUUAAGAAGACUCAGGAGCUCCCAGAUACCCGGGAUGUCCCAGUGGCCCAGAAGGCCCUGAAUUCAGAGCACCAAGAUCUUCCAAGUUCCAGGAGCCCCAGGAGGUACCAGGAAACCGCAACGCACCUGGAACCCCUAAUGCUCCAUGAGCCCCUGGAUACUUUAGAUGCCCAAGAAUUCCUAGAGCCCUCCGCACUCCAGGAGUCCCUAAAGUGUCUAAUAGCUGCUUUGACAUCAGCAGGUUCAGAGUUCCCACAGUCACCCAGUGAGCUGGAGGCUGAAGCUUUCUCCCUAGAAUACUGUUUAGCCUUCAGUGGAGAUGUCCAGAAGCUUUCUGAGUUCCUGGUUCAAUUGAAUAGUUACAUGAGAGUCAGUUACAUGUAACCUACUGAAGCAUCUGUGAUGAGCUUUGUUGGCAGGUGCUUCUCAGAUGAGGCAGGGAUGUGAUUUCAGCCCUUACUAGAUAUACAAAGCCCCCUGCUGGAGCAAUUUGAAAAUUACACAGUGCUCCAGGAUACUUUUGACAAUCCAGAAAACAUGGAAUAUGUCAGUCACUGCAUCCAUCAGCUCUGCCAAAGGGAGGAUCCUGCGCAUCAGUAUGUGAUCCACUUCCAUCUCAUUGCUCAAGAGCUAAACUGGAAUGAAAGCACUCUCUGCAUACAAUUUCAGGAAGGGCUUGACAGUUCUAUACCAGAUGAACUGUCUCACACAAGUUCAGCCACUGUCCUAUCUAAUCUGAUCACUCAAUGCCUAGAAGAUAAGCUAAGCUGUAAGCAUGAUCCAAAUCCACAAAGAGCAAGGCACUCUGAGGAGAGAUCUGGGCCUAAAAGCUCACUAGCUGAAAACCAGCCUGUGCAACCUUCAAGCAAUUGACACCUCAGUGAAGCUGAACAGGCCCACUGCUGUGAAGCCCACUUGUGCCUCUGCUGUGGUCAUCCUUGUCAUGUUGCCAGAGAUUGUCCUGUCAAGCUUCAUCAUGCACAGUAG